AUGGCGCCGAGAAGCAGAGUUGAUCGAAGUGAGAUCAGUAUUUGUGGGAAAUAUUUCGUAUUUUUCGCCAACUUUGCCGUUUUAGUGGUGUCUCCUUUACUAUUGGGAUUUGGUAUCUACAUCCUGGUUCUGAAGGAGAAAAGCGUAUCUACUUUCAUUGACUUCUUAUUUGACCCUUCAGUAUGGCUUGUGAUAGCAGGGGCGAUUGGGACUGUCUUAUCAUUUCUGGGAUGCAUUGGAUCGCUGAGAGAAAUCACUGCAUUCCUUAGAACUUACUACAUUGCGGUGAACAUCUUUAUCCUCUUAGAACUUGUCAUCAUCUGCUUUAUCUUCAUAUUCACUUUCACCCCGGACAUCUUCAAGAAUUUUGGUAUUUAUCCAGAAGAUUUAUUGAAAGAUGCAAUCAUCAAAUAUCGUGAUGACCCAGACAUGCAAGAUUUUAUUGACAACACCCAGAAAGAUUUGGGUUGCUGUGGUUACAGUGACAGUGCUGAAGGUUACAAAGACUGGAAUGCAAAUCCUUAUUUCAACUGUUCCACGGAAAAUAACAGUUUUGAAAAAUGUGCUGUUCCCUACUCCUGUUGUAUCAUAGAAGAUGGUGAUGCUAUCAACCUUCUGUGUGGAGCAGGAGCUCAGAGUGAUGUGCAGGCUAAUUCCAAAUUUGCUCCAAAAAUCAACAAAGGCGGCUGUUUAUGGGUGUUACGAACCUAUCUCAUGAACAACAUACUUGUCGUGGGUGGCGUAAUGAUCGGGUCACUUGUACCUCAGCUGAUGUUGGUCCACUUUUCCAGAAAUCUUCGAGAGCAGAUUUUGAUUCAGAAAAGCAAAUGGCAAUCCUAAAUAGAGUAUACACUAAGCAAUGAUUUGAGGCCGACGGGUAUCAAUACAGCUUGUAAUCAUUUCCUUCAUGCUCUUUUGUCUCUGAAUAUGUUUUACUUGGAAGAAAGAUAUGAUUUUAGAUCAGUUCUCUGUCAAUUUCAUUUCUAUACAUUUUUAUUCAAUAUCGUAAUUUACAUGUAUUUAAACAAUGAGGUGUCUCUGAGAUUGUGUAGACAUAAGUAUUUAGAAACACUGUUAUACAUUGUAGAACUUAUUUAUUUUCACUCUUGUCGAAGAGUCUUUCCAAUGGUUCUGUCUUUUUCAGUAUAUGUGAUCUGUAUCUUUUCGGAAAAUGAUUUGAAUUAUUUUUUUUAUUUUGAUCAGUUAAAAUAUGAGAUAUUUUCCUUAAUGUAAAUGUUACUUUAAUGCCUUUUUUGGUGUUAAUUUAUGAUUAUCAAACCGACGAACUUACCAAUUCUUUGUUGUGACAUAUCCAGUAGGUUAACUACAUUUUUAGUUAUCCCAUGUAAAGAUCCCUGUUCUUAGAAAAAUGUUGGUUUUGAAAAAAAGUCAAAACCAUUUUGCACAAGGAAAGUAUUUAAUAUACUUAUACAUGUAUGAUCAUGUCCAAUUUGGUUUAGAAAGUAAUAUAUUACCUGGAACAUGGAUUUACUUUUUUCGGUUGUGAAGUUGUUAGUAGAAGCAUUGCAAGACUGAAUAGAUACUUAAUGAUAUAGCCUUGUAAAAAAGGAAUUAAAGUCAGUGACUUUAAGGACUCCAGUAUUUCAGUCCUUGACUUCUUUCUAUCCUGUGGGUGGUGCCUUGAUGGAACUGAUU